ACCGCAGCUCUGAGGACGGUCCCUGGAUGAUUAUUUUUCCACCUCUGCAGGAUUAUUUUGUUUAUCAUCACUAACUGAAGAAGAUGGAUACAUACGUUUUGAUUUCCGUGUUAUCAGUGAUGUGCUCGUGGAGCCUGUGCACAGUUCUGUCGUCUCCCGUCGGAGAGAAACCCGCAGACUCCCGCAGCGUCUCCCGGGGGAGACAUGUGCGCACGAAGCGCUGCUCCUGCGACACUUUCCUGGACAAGGAGUGCGUGUACUUCUGCCACCUGGACAUCAUCUGGGUCAACACACCUGAGCGCGUGGUCUCUUACGGACUGGGCAACGCUCCGAGGACGAGGCGCGCGCUGCCGGACUCCAGGGCAGCCAGGAGCGCGCCUCGCUGCCGGUGCGUGCGUGAGAACGACAGCACGUGCAGCAGCUUCUGUCGCCAGGACAACGAGCAUCUCAGGUCUCAGACGUCGCAGGACACCUUGAUCCCCACGGAACACAAGCCGGCAGCUGACAGGAGCAGGAUUAAGAGGUGGAGAAAGAGCAACAAGAAACAGGUGUCGGCCGGCGUGCUCAGGGUCGCCUUGAAAACCCGCCUGCUGCUGGAGGAGUGGAGGGUGAGGCGGCGCCACAGGGCGAGGGCGUGGGAGGGCGAGAGCACGGCCCCCUAAAGACGACACAUCACCUCCACACCUUGUAACUCAGAGGGGGGGAAAGGCUUUCGUAACCACGGGCCCUAUCUCCUCAGCCGUCUGCAAGCAGGGGCCCCUCGGCAGGGCACCGGAGAGCCGACGCGAGGCCGGGCGAACUAUCUCCAGGUCGACCUCAGGGCUCCGGGGUCAGAGGGCGUCUGCGGCAGAGCAGAGGGCGUCCUACACACUCGGCCUCAUCCGACAGAGGGGCGAGGUCAGAGACAACACGGGGAGAGGACGGACGCGAGCUGGACACAGUCUGUGGAGUCCAGGACACUCGGUCAAAUAUCAUUUCAAAAACACUUGACUUCACUGGAGGGAUUCAACACAAAUACCCCCCCCCCACCCCCACCCGGUCCCAGGCAGUUCUACUUCUUCUAUUUCAAAAUGACAAACAUUCAAGACGUUUUCUCACCGACUGAAGAUAUUUAACCGUGUUUUUAUGUAACAGUGUCGAGGACACGUCCCCGCGGCCACAGCGGCUGCCGGGAGUUUCUCUAACCGAUGUGAUCCCCGACGUCUUUGUCGUAAUUUAUGAUGUGAAAUGAUGUUUACGUGUGUUGUUAUUUAUUUAUUCUUUGUGCACGUUGUCGUUUGAUGGCCACGUCGGUGCAUCGCGUUUGGUUUAUUUCUAUGAAAUGUGUCAUCGUCAAGUUGCCAUAUUGUGGCUGAAUGUUAAUAAAAUAUUUUUACACAAUA